AUGAUGAUUCAACAGGUGGACAGCAGGGCACAGCUGGCAGCUGAGCUGUUAGAAAGGAGAAGAGACAGUCACUCUGAGGACAAGAAGCAGGAGCUUGAAUACCAGACCAAUGACCACUCAGAAGUGCCAAUAAAGUUCAUCAGACACUGGUUGAAGGAGAGCUUACAUGUUCUCUUGCAGAAGCUAGAGGAAGAGCUGCGUGAGCUAGAGCAGCUGGUCCGGGACCUGGAGGAGGGGCUAGAUACCCUCCUGGGAGAAGCAUACCUGGAGAAGCCUUGCUCCACCCUCAAAAAGCACUUGUGA